GGGUGCCACUACGCCAGGGAGCCGUACAAAAACCCGAGGGGACACGCCACGCGGCUCGUGGCGCUCGCGUCCGUGGGAAACGAUCGCAAGGAGCGGUGGCUGCACGCGCUCGCGCUGCUCCCGGCGUCGAGGCAGCCCCCGUCCGCGCUGCAGCAGCUCCCGCCGGAUACCACCAGGAGCCCUUACGACGUGGGGCCGGGGGCUGGGGCGAACAACGAAGGGACAGAUGGGGGGUUCGCGGGGGUUCGAUGGGAGGAACCGCGCGCGAAGAGGGCUCGCGUCGCGUCGCAGGUGCGAACGGAUCCGCUCAAGGGGGACCCGGACAAGACGGUUUUCGUGCGGAACCUCGCGUUUCGCGCGGACGAGGGCGCGCUGGCGGAGUACUUCGCGCAGUGCGGCGAAAUCGUGGAUCUUCGCCUGGGCCGCGACGUCGAGUCGGGGCGAUCGCGCGGAUUCUGCCACAGCGACGAGGAGCGCAACGCGGACAGGGACAGGCGGAGGGAGGAGAAGCGUUCGAGGAUGCCGCCGCCGCCCCCCGGCGGGUGCUGGUUCUGCCUCUCGAACGAGAAGGACACGCACCUGGUGGCCAGCAUCGCGAGCGAGUCGUUCAUCGCCAUGGACAAGGGCGGCGUCGUGCCGGAUCACUGCCAGGUGGUGCCCGUCGAGCACACGCCGAGCUUCGCGGCGCUGAGUCCUUCGGCGGCUGACGAAAUUUGGAGAUACCUCGGCGCCAUUCGAUCGUGCCUUCGCGCGGGGGGCGGGGGCGCGCCGCGGCACCUCGCGCUGCGAUCCAAGGGUGGCAACCACAUGCACCUGAACUGCGUCCCGGUUCCCUCGGAUCGCGCUCGAAAGGCGAGGAAGAUCUUCGAGCAGGCGGCGAAGCGGCUCGGGUUCGAGUGGGAGGUGGUGGAGGCGCCGGAGUCGGCGCUCGAUCUGCAGACGGCGAUCGCGUCGCACUGCGGCGACGGCGAGUACUACGCGGUGCACCUGCCGGACGGGACGGUUCUGUUGCGAAAGAUUGGCCGGGGCGAGCCGCACUGGAUGAGUUUCGGGAGGGAGGUGCUGGGGCACCUGCUGGGGUGCCCCGAGCGGACGAGCUGGCAGAACUGCAUGGAGACGGAGGAGAAGGAGACGGAGCGCGCGAACGCGUUCAAGGCGUCGUUCGAGGCCUUCGAC